CAAACAUUAAAAAACAAUUUUUAGUGUUGUUUCAAAAAUAUAAACUAAAUAAUGUCUAAAACAAACAAUAAAUUAAAAGUACUGUUUAUACCGAUCGACGGCGUGGGUCACGUAAAUGCGGCCAUAGCUAUGGCACAGGUAUUGAUCAAAUCUGGACACGAGUGUACGUUUGCAAUAUGUGAUCAAUGGAGAGGUAAACUGGAGCCGUACGGUAUCCGAGAGAUACUGUGGUCGAUAAAAAAUCGUGAAAAUGCUGACGAAUCGGCCGCCAAAUACUGGGGACUGUUUCUGAAAGAAAAAGGUUUUCUCGGACCGGGAGAUGCUCUGGAAAAAGCAGUAACAGAGGUCCGGGAGGCUAAAGAUUUCUACGAAAAUCAACACCUAAUUGAUGAUAAAGCCAGACAAGCAAUACUAGAUGUUCAACCAGAUGUUAUACUAUGCGAUCAAUUUUCAUCACUAUUUUCGGUACUGAAAUCAGGUAUUCCGUGGGUAUUGGUAUGCAGUUGUAAUCCGUUAGCCCUAUUGCAUGACAAUAGGACACCACCGGCUUAUUCAGGAUUACCGAUAACGGGUCCCAUUAGUGAGUGGCAAACGUUUAGAAAUGUUUUUAAAGAUGCUAUGAAAGAGUUAUGGGAUAAACUAAAUGCCAUUGAAGUGGUCAAUGGAUUCCCGCCAUUAAAAGAAAAUUCAUUAAUUAAUGAUUCAAAAUAUCUCAAUAUAUACGGCUUUCCACAGGAAUUGGAUUAUCUAGACGUCCGUCCACUGCCAGACAAUUGGUAUAGUUUUGAUAAUUUUCUAAGAAGUGAACAACAUUUGCCAUUUGAAAUACCGGAACAAUUGCGGGACAAACCGGGAAAACUCAUAUAUUUUUCAUUGGGAUCUAUGGGCGGCACAGAUGUUGAUAAUAUGAAACGCUUGGUCGGUAUACUUGCAAAAUCUCAGCACAGGUUUAUUGUAUCAAAAGGACCGUUAGGUGAUGAGUACGAUCUACCGGACAAUAUGUGGGGUCAGCCAAGUGUAGCGCAAACACAAGUCUUGCCAUUAGUUGAUUUGGUUAUAACUCACGGCGGAAACAAUACUAUUACCGAAACAUUUUCAUUUGGAAAGCCUAUGAUAGUUAUGCCUCUGUUUGGCGAUCAGUACGAUAACGCACAGAGAAUCCAUGAAAAAGGUUAUGGUAUACGACUCGAUGCCUACAAGUGCUCUGAAGAGGAAUUGUUAACAGCUAUUGAAAAUCUAUUGAACAAUAAACUGUUGUCUGAAAAAUUGGCUAAAAUAUCGAAACGAAUUCUUACUGAAAACAGUUUAACAAAAUUACCUCAACUUUUAGAAAAUUUAGUUAAAAAUAAUAGUUUGAGUAUUAAUUUUUAUAAUAAAAUUCAUGAAAACAUGUCAUUAAUUAAAUUAAUAUUAUUUAUAAUUUUUUUUAUUUAA